AUGAAUUCAACGGCCAUGGUGCGCAAUGCCAACAAGGAAAACAUCUUCUCCAAUGCCACCAUGUCGCAAGUAGAGAAUGCUGGUGUUCUUCUUGGGCUUCGAAACUCCACUCUUCCUGAAGAAGAGAACGCCAAUGACAGGGCCAAACGUCGUCGUGUGGAAGCUCAACAGAAGAAGGAUGCACGACACGAAGAGAAUCAGCGACAAAUCAAUUAUGCCACCUUUGAUGAUCGCUUUUUCCGACAAGACCGUCACUUUGGACAAAUGCCAGAACCACCAGAGGCCUUUGUGAUUCCGGGGGAAGUGCAACCACCAUCUGCAGCCGCAGUAACGCCAAGGUUGAAUCCGUACAAGAGAGACCAGCAAGAGAAGGACCAGCAAAAGAAGGCUCCUCCAAAGAAACUUUCUCGCCCUCUUCCCCGUAUAACGCACAACCCUUCUCGACUUCCUGGGCGAGAAGCUCCACCCAAUUCUGCUGCUGCAAAUGUUCUUGCCCUGAUCCAAGAGAAAGGUUAUGAUGGAAUGGAUCCUUCUCUCGCUGAGACUGUGAACAAUACCACACGUGGAAAGAACACGGCCAAAGUUGAAAAGCGGAAGGCUUCGGAAGAAGCACGAUUUUUCGACACUCUUCGAGAGUUUGGAGGAAGUUUUGCCGUACCACUUCUCGAAGUUGUACCAGUGAAAUACAAUGAUUUCAGUCGCAAUGUUGUCGAUCUUGAUUACGCCUUCUUCAAUAUUGUCGGUGGUGAAAUGACUGAAUGGAAGCGGAAAAUCAUGAACUCGGCAUCGAUCGUGGUGGCUACCAACAUUGUGAAGAAAACGGGUGCCAAAGGUACGGUCGGGGAACCCAUGCAACCAGUCAGUCUGGAAAAAUAUUUGCAGAACACGUACAAUGUGUUUCACUCCAAAGGAAUCUUGUUCGAAUUCAACAACCACUUCAACGGACCCGGAGAACUCCGUGGUGUCGUUUCCGCCAUUUGGAACAAGCAACACAAGAAAGAUCCGACCUUUGGAGCCCAACCCAAUCGACGACGCAUCAAAGAAGACUUCAUGGGUCUCAUGUGUGAUGCAAUUGCGAAUGGAGUUCUCAAGAUCACCGAUUCAUGGGAUGUCUUGCGCGUCGCAAUGGCCACCAACGCUUAUGGUAGUGGAUUCUGA